AUGCCUGGGGAACCAGUAAAACUCGUCACGGUCAAUACAGCACCGGAUCGGGCGAAACGCCUCAUAGGAAGGGUCGUCGAAGAUGUCAGAGACUCCUACACUAUCGUGUACGCUGCCAACGCCGAAAGAAUUGAGGACGUGAAACCAAUGCUGUUGAAGGAAAGGCCAGACGUCGUAUUCACAGCGUCCAUGUGGACCCUAGAGGAGUCGCAGAAAAUUGUACAGCUUGCCAAAGAAACAGUCCCGGGGAUUAAGACGUUCUGUCUCCCAUAUGGACUACAGGCUGAGAAAGGACCGGAUGCAGUAGUCGAGUAUAUCGAGGAGAAUCUCCCUGGUCUUCUUGGAUGA